UGCGCGGCGGAAGGGGGGUCGGAGGCCGAGCCCGCCAUGGCGCGGGAGCCGAUGCCGGGGCCCGCCGCGCCGCUUCUGGACGCUCUGCUCCAGGACCUGUACGACUUUGGAGAGAGGGAAAAUGAAGCAGAGCAGAAGAAGAUCAGACGGAAAAAGGAAAACAAGAAGGAACAUGUGGGGACUGCAGUGGCCUUGGGAGCGGCGCCAGCUCCCCUGCCUGGUUCUCUUGGAAGAGGCCCGAGGAAGAGCACGUCCACCUUCUUCAAGGAACUGAAAGAAGAGCUGCACUGUACUUCUGCCCUCACCCCCACCAGUCCCCCUUCAGGACCAGAAGUCCCUGCCACUACAGUAGUGCCCUCUUCCCUGAAGAACAAGGAGCAAGUAGAAGUGGUAGAGUAUCACAGCAGGAACACGAAGAGAAAACCAAAGCCAGAUCAAGAGGAGAACACAAAGAUGAAAAUUGGUGUCCUUGAGAAAGAUGUGGAUGUACAAGAAUUUAACCUAGAAAAGGCUCGUUUGGAAGUCCACCGGUUUGGGAUCACGGGUUAUGGAAAAGGAAAGGAGAGGGUCCUGGAACAGGAGCGUGCCAUCAUGCUGGGUGCCAAGCCUCCCAAAAACAGUUGUGUGAAUUACAAGGUCUUGCAGGAGCAAAUCAAACAAAAAAGGGCGGCAAAGGAAGCAGAAAAGAGAAUGGCCCAGGAGACAGAUAUUUUCACGAAAAAGAAGAGGAAAAGGCAGGAAGACAGGAAAUCUAAAAAGAAGAAGGCGGCUCCCAGUAUUUUGUCAAGUGGACGGAUGGGACAGAUUGGAAAAUUCAAAAACGGCACAUUGAUUCUGAGCCCAGUUGAUAUCAAGAAAAUAAACUCUUCCAGAGUGGCUAAAUGAAGAACUUUAUCAAGUAAAGAGGAAUGGGAGCUAGCCGCUGUGCUGACACCGGGUCUCUGCAAGACUUCUGGAUGUUUCACAGGCUGCUUCUUCAUUUUAGAAAAGAAAGUCAAGCAGAAAGAACAUUUCUGGUUACUGAAGUGUCUCUUCGGUGCUGAAUGUGUUAGGCCAAGUGCAGCGUGAAUUGAGGUGAACCUACUGGAAGGUGUUCCCAUGUUCUCCAGCAAACCUCACCUCGGAUUCACAGUCACCGGCCUUGGGUGCAUCUGCUCAUAAUACCAUUUUUAGUAAUUUUACUGUGUUGUAACUGCUGGUAAUUAACGUUAAAUUACCUUUUAACAUUUUUAAUGAUUUAAUAUUACUAUGUCAUGAGAAACUUUGAAUGUGGUAAUUUAUCAAUUGCUUUGUGGAAAAGCAGUUUGAAUUUUCAGUCUACCACAUGCAUAAAAUCUACUUUACAAGAAAUUAUAUAAAUAAAA